GGGGGGGGGAGGGGGCAAAGAAAAGGAAGAAAGUAAGCGGAAAAGAGGCAAAAAAAAAAUAAUAAUAAUAAUAAAAAAAAAAAAAGCAAAGCGAGGAGCCGAGCUACCGCCGGAACCGGGCGCGGCCCCCGGGAGCCGCCGCCAUGAACAGCGUGGGAGGCGCCGACGAGAUCGGAAAACUGUUUGUGGGUGGCCUGGACUGGAGUACAACACAAGAAACUCUUCGUAGCUACUUCUCCCAGUAUGGAGAAGUUGUAGACUGCGUAAUAAUGAAAGACAAAACAACAAACCAGUCUCGAGGAUUUGGAUUUGUCAAAUUUAAAGAUCCCAACUGUGUGGGAACAGUACUGGCCAGUAGACCUCAUACGUUAGAUGGCCGAAAUAUUGAUCCAAAGCCAUGUACACCUAGGGGGAUGCAGCCCGAACGGACACGGCCAAAGGAAGGAUGGCAGAAAGGAUCCAGGAGCGAUAACAAUAAAUCAAAUAAAAUUUUUGUUGGUGGGAUUCCUCAUAACUGUGGCGAGACUGAGCUCAGGGAAUACUUCAAGAAAUUCGGAGUGGUCACUGAAGUUGUAAUGAUCUAUGACGCAGAGAAACAGAGGCCCCGAGGUUUUGGAUUUAUUACUUUCGAGGACGAACAAUCAGUGGACCAGGCUGUCAACAUGCAUUUUCACGACAUCAUGGGCAAAAAAGUGGAGGUGAAACGCGCGGAACCUCGGGAUAGCAAAAGCCAAACUCCAGGGCCGCCCGGUGCCAGUCAGUGGGGAAGCAGGAUCAUGCCGAGCGCUGCCAAUGGCUGGGCAGGUCAGCCCCCUCCUACCUGGCAGCAAGGCUACGGCCCUCAAGGGAUGUGGGUGCCAGCUGGACAGGCGAUUGGUGGAUACGGACCACCUCCUCCAGGCAGAGGAGCUCCUCCACCGCCACCACCAUUUACCUCAUACAUAGUCUCUACGCCUCCUGGGGGAUUCCCACCUCCGCAAGGAUUUCCACAGGGCUAUGGCACCCCUCCACCAUUUAGUUUUGGUUAUGGUGCUCCUCCUCCUCCACCUGACCAGUUUGCCCCACCUGGAGUACCCCCUCCACCUGCCACUCCAGGGGCAGCACCACUAGCUUUUCCACCACCACCACCACCAUCUCAGGCAACUCAGGACAUGAGCAAACCCCCAACUGCUCAGCCAGAAUUCCCUUACAGUCAAUUUGUCCUACUUUUAAUCAGUGUUGUCCCCAAGAGCUGUCCGUGGCAUACUCCUUUUUCUGAAGAUGAAGUAAUUGGUGGUCUUCCACUUCUGCAGUCAGGUUUUGCAUGCAGUAGGUCCAUGGAUUAAGGCUACUGCUCCACACUUGGACAGAUUCUCCAUGUGUUAGCGUAUGCCUGACUGUUUUAUUUAAAGUGCCUGCAGAAACUUCUAUGUAAUGAACAGUUCAUAAAGUUAUUUGAAUAGGUACUGUUUGAAGUUCCAAAAAUGCAAAAUGUGUUUAAAAAAACACGGAAGAUUAGCCUUCCAGGUGCAUUUGUGAAGCAAGCAGAUGUUCUCAUGGUGAUGAACUUGAAAUGUUUUAAAUUUGUUUUAAACACAGUUGCUGUCAGAGAAAGCUUUGCCCUUGUGACUCAAGAGGAAGGUUUUCUUGUCUUGCAAGAACUUGUGUCUUUGCAGAUCCCUUUUGAGAGGGGGUGGACCCUACUAAAUAAAAUACAGAGCCACGCAUAAUCAUUUACAUUCUGCGGGAAGCCAACAUUUGUGGUGUUUCAGAAGUCUAGGAAGAAUCUGUUUUCCAGCGUUGUGGGGGUUCCUCUAUUUGGAGUGUGUAGUGCCACUCGCCUCUUGUAUAUUCUAGGAAGCCUAUUUCCCAGGGAAAUAUUUGAAGUGCUUCUAAUUAGUCUCUAAAAGCGUUGGGUGGGGAGGGAGGAGGGAGGAAAAGGUGUGUGGUACUGCAGUUUGAGGAAGGAGGCUAAGAAGGUUGGUUUAAGGCACAACCGAAGGUGGUCUCUCACCUUGAGUGGUUUCUUAGCUUGAAAUCUGUUAGGAGCACAAGUGCUAACAGAGAAAGAGGUGUUUAAUGUGCAGCAGUCAUCCACCUGUCCGUAAAGCUACCUGUAAAAUCUUUUAAACUUUGUAAAAGAGCUUCAGCUCUUCGUGUGUUUGCAAAUUAGCGAGCAGCACUGCUGUACAAUAGACAGCCUCGCUGAUCUGCAUGUAUUUACGUAACUGCGUAAGGCUUAUGGGCUUUAAAGAGGCGCUGAGUUAUCUAAUCGUUGUGGCAUUUUCAGAUUUGUCCUGGCUUGACAGCAUCUUAAAUGCUGCGAUGUUUACAGCCGGGAUGAAUGUAAACACGAGUAAAUUAAACGCUAACACGGGUGUGUCUCCCUCACCCUGAAAAAUUAUCUCUGCACAGGGCUCUCUCGGGGUUCGUC